AUGACGCGUGAAAGCCACCGCAGCCGGCGGCCGUCGGGAUGUGACUGUGGCAGUCGCCACUCUGCCGCGCUGCCGCUGGGUACGGACCACGGCGCAAGCAACUCAGCGUGGACUUCUGCCGGGUCCAGAGGCCGCGAGGGCGGCCCGUUCGGCUUGGCGGGUGUUGUUCAAAUUGGGGCCAAGGGGAUAGCGCCGCCGGAUAGCGCCGCCGGUCUGAUUGCAUAUGUACAGUCGAACCCCCUGAAACUGCAUAUUUUCCCGCUCAAGACCAAGUCUUAUCUGGAGGAUGCAGUUUCAGGGGGUUCGACUAUGGAUGGCGAUGGGUGGAGGUUAUGGAGCUGCGCAGCCUGA